CGUUGGGGACGGAAGUGACGCACAGACUUCCGGUCAAAACAAUAACCUGCUGUCGUUCAGUAACCACAGCUAGUGAGCCGAAGAACUUUAUUUCUCUGUUUUUUCUUUUUUUAAAAUAUUUGAGACAUUUUGAAAGCAUGGUGGAAUCAGUUGGGACAUUUGUCUCCGACGCCAAAUGGACGGAUGAAGAUACUGAACGGCUAAUAAAAUGGCGCACGGAGCAUAACUAUUUAUUUUCUGGGAAGAGGUCAUCAGCCAGAAAUGGUUGGGAAGCAUUUAUACGUGAGAAUCAGGCAAAACUGGAUGUUAAGUGGACAGCCAGGCAAGCUAAAAAGAAAUGGGAUAAUUUAAAAACAAAACACAAGGAAAUAAAAAAUCUAGGAAAUGACAUAGAAACAGUUAAUUCAAACACAUGGCGAUGGUUCUGUCUGAUGGAUGAGGCUGUGGAGGGCUCAAGAGGGAGCAGUGUUCUCCCUAAGACCUCAUCAGAAUGCAGUGAUGAAAUCGCAUGUCCACCGCAGCCCUGCAAGAAGCUGUGCCAGGUGCAGGUGGGAGGUGACAUUUAUGAACUUCUAGCGAACUCAGUGAUUGAGGUUCAAGGAGGAAGUGGAAUGAUGCUAGGAGCUGGAGAAUCUGCAUCAGACUGUGGCUCAGUCAUGGAGAAUAAACAAAGACAUGGGAAAGACAUAGAAAAUGAUACCCUCUCAGAAAUUGCAACCAACCUGGACAGCCUGAAGAAGGAAAAGCUGUUGCUGGAGAAAGAGCACGCUGAGGUGGACAGAGAGAGAGUAGUCCUUGAGAAAGAGAGGGAUCUGACGGAGAGAGUGAACGCUGUGCUUCAGAGAGACCGAGUGCAGUUGGAGAAAGACAGGGCCGCUUUAGACCGGGACAGAGCGUCGCUGGAACAGGAGCGAGCCAGGAUAGAAAAAGACAGAGCUGCGCUGGAGAGGGACAGGGCAGCACUAGAACGAGAUAAAGACCGAUUCAUGGCUAUGAUUCUUGGCAGAAACAGCACAGAACACGUUGACACAGACCCCACACACAGGGAGGAUAGAAAAAGAUUAAUAUUCUUAUUUGAAAGGCUGAUUGAGAGAUUUUGAGUCAGUUUGGAUCGGAAUACAUCUGAAUAAACUGUUGAACUUUCA